AUGGGCAUGAUCGCGUUGGCGUUCGCUCCGAUCCUCGCGGAACUGUCGAUCUUCGUCACUCCGAUGAGCAGCCGUGUCCGUGUUUUUUGCCGUCAUCAAUGAGCACAGCGCGGGUUCCGGCGUCGGAUGCGGUUCGUUUUCUUUGAUUCCACACCAAAUUCUCAUGACUCUCCUUUCGAGUGAUCUACGAUUUCCUGCCAUCAACAUGAUGGGUAUUCGGAGGAAAACGCGCGUGGAACCGGAUCAGCAUUCUCCGAAUUCUCGCCGAAAUCACGACGACGUCUAUUCUGUAAUUUCAAACUUUCUCUCACCUUUUUUUUUUACUCCAUAUUCGCUUUUUCAGUGCAGCGGAAUUGUCGGCUCAGCAAACGGAUGAACCCGUUGAACUCCCUGCCGCACUUCCAAUUGACCGACCCGGAUGCGAAAGUUGAGAAAUGGGGAGUGGAGGAGCACCUGGUCGAGCUGACCGAAGCCGGAAGAGUAAUUAUUGGCAACCCGGAGCCGGAGUACCGUCUGCUCGACAUGAUGCGGAGGCGCCAACGAAUCGAAGGGAUGCGAGACGCGACUGGACGAUACCACGGGUGGUGA